AUGACGUGCACGUGCAAAGAAAUACUUUCGAGGCGUAAUUCAGUUUGGGUUGAGUGGGUUCACUCUUAUAGGUUGAGAGGUAAAAGCUUUUGGGUUUGUAAAGUUCCAGCUUCCUGCUGUUGGUCUUGGAGAAAGAUUCUUCAGCUCCGGCCGAUUGUUAGGAAGUUUUUCUGGUCCGAGAUUGGAAAUGGUUCGGCUACCUCCGCUUGGCACGAUAAUUGGAGUGAGAUAGGCCCGCUCGAUCAGUUUCUUUCUCCCCGGAUGAUUGCUAGCGCGGGUUUUAAUAUGGAGUCCAAGGUGUCGGAUGUCUAUUCCGAUACGUCUUGGAGCUGGCCGGUUGCGUGGCGGGACUUGUAUCCGGUUCUUAUUCAGCUCGAUGGUAUUUCUUUGCAGCCAAAUAAGUUGGAUAAAGUCUUGUGGCGUCAUGGUAAUCAAAAGCAUGUGUUCUCGUCGUCUAGAGUUUGGGAUUCGUUUCGGUUUCAUGCUGUGGAGGUGGAUUGGUGCCGUCUUGUGUGGUUUGGUCAGUGUAUUCCGCGUCAUGCUUUUCUUUUAUGGCUUAUCAUGCGAAGGAAACUGCUUACUCAAGAUAAGAUCUUGAGUUGGGAUUUAUCGCGCAGGAAAAAUAUGAAUAUGAUGUGCUGUUUGUUAUGCUAUGCCAAUCAUGACUCUCAUACCCAUUUGUUUUUUGAAUGCAAAUUCUCGUCCCAAGUGUGGCUGCUGGUUAGACAAAAAGCGGGUAUGGGUUCGGUGCAUGCUAAAUGGGAUGACAUUGUUAACUGGUUACUUGAUCGAUCCAAUUCAAAAUUGGCGUCGGUUUACGUUGCUAAACUGAUAGUGGCUGCUACGGCCUAUUUCAUUUGGCAAGAGCGGAAUGCUAGAUUAUUCAGAAAUCAGGUGAGGCCCCCGGAAUCAUUAAGUGACACCAUUAUACAACAAGUGCGGUACAAGCUGAUUGGUGCAAAGUUGAAAAAGUGCGAUAAUGUUCGAAAGCUUUUAAGGGCUUGGGAUAUUGAAGCUUCAGAUCUGCACGAUGAUGGCGGCUGA